UGUCCAGGGACUUAGCUCCCGGAGCUCAGCCGUGGGCGCUGCUUUCCGCCUGGCUGGAGCGCGCCGGUUCCUGCUCUUCUGAGAACGCGGCGGGCAGAGAUCACUGACCUCGGGGCGCGCCGCUCGUCGCGGACCCCUAAGACGUGCCCAGCCCCCGGCCCGCGCCCGGGCCUCCAGCAUGGUGCUGCUGGCCGGGCCCGGGCCGGAGGGCGGCGGGUCGCGCUGCCUGUCCCCGCAGUCACCGACGCCACCCCGGGGCGCGCAGACAGAGGACAACCCGGCCGACUACGAGCAGUUCGAGGACUUCUCGAGUCUGCCGGACACCCGCAGCAUCGCAUCGGACGAUUCCUUCUACCCUCCCGGAGGCGAGGAGGAGUGCGGCGCGCCGGGCGCCGGGAGCAUCCGGGAGGGCAUCCCGGAGGCGGCGACUCUCUUGCGCGCCGCCGGCGCCAACGACGUGGGGCUGCUGCGGGCGCUGGUGCAGCGGGGUCCGAGCGUCGAGGAGGUGCAGGAGACAGACCGCAACGGCCGGACUGGCCUUAUCGUCGCCUGCUACCAUGGCUUUGUGGACACUGUGGUGGCCUUAGCGGACUGCCCCCACGUUGAUGUCAACUGGCAGGACAGCGAAGGGAACACAGCUCUGAUCACAGCUGCGCAGGCAGGGCACACCACCAUCACCAACUACUUGCUGAAUUAUUUUCCUGGUCUGGAUCUGGAAAGGAGGAACGUGUUUGGCUUCACGGCCCUCAUGAAAGCUGCCAUGCAGGGCCGAACAGAGUGUGUGCGAGCCCUGAUGCUAGCAGGGGCAGAUGUCCAGGCCAGGGAUCCCCGCCGCGGGAUGUCGCCCCAGGAGUGGGCUGCUUACACAGGCCGGGUGGAGGCAGUUCGCGUUAUGCAGAGGCUGCUGGACCGACCCUGCCCGGAGCAGUUUGGGGACAAGUACAAGCCGGAGUUGCCGCUGCCUGCCGAGGCUGCCCUGAAGCCCACAGGCUCCAAAAACUGCUUCCAGAGGUUCACCCGGUUCCUGCGGUCCACGCUAAGCUCGCGCUCGGGCCAGAGCCUGGAGGACGGAGGUGUCCUUGACCACAUGGUCAGGAUGACCACGAGCCUCUACAGCCCCGCGAUUGCUGUGGUCUGCCAGACCCUAUGCCCCGAGAACCCGCCCUGCGUGGGGAAAAGGCGCCUGGCGGUGCAGGAAAUCCUGGCAACUAGGGAGGACCGGGGAGUGCAUGCCCAGGAGAGCUUCCAGGAGGAGGGCUCCGAGUCGCCGUUCCGGACUGCGGAGGCCCGGAGUACCAACCUCGCGUCUCCUCACCCACCCGGGGCCCCGGGGUCCACCCCUGCCCGGCGGAAGGCCAGUCUCCUGCCCCUGCAGCUGCUGCGAAGGAGCAGCGUGCGGCCCGGCGUGGUGGUGCCCAGAGUGCGCAUCAGCAAGGCCCCGGCGCCCACGUUCCAGCCCGAGCGCGCGGCGCCCAAGGGCAGCACCAAGGACAGCACCCACCUGCAGAUCCCCAAGUGGCGGUACAAGGAAGCCAAGGAGGAGAAGAGGAAGGCGGAGGAGGCGGAGAAGAAGCGGCAGGCGGAGACUCAGAAGGACAGGCGGGCAUCACGGUGGAGGAAAAGGACGUGAAGGGGCCGCAAUGCAGACAGCUUGUGCGCCUGGCCUGGGGCAGGCAGCGCGGGGACCAGCCUGGGAGGUAGUGAGUGGGGCAGACAGCGGGCGGAGAGGGUUGCCUCCUGUCUCCUGUCCCGGUGUGCUGCCUGGAUCCAGGGAGGGCAGCCCAUGUUGCUCCCAAGAGAGCAGUACAGAUGGAUUUACUUAAAACCAGAUCCCUGAGUAAUCCGUACACCCAGAGAGAGAGCCAUUUACCUGCAGGUCUCCCCUUAGAGAACCUCAAUUAAGAAUUUUUAGAACCAGUUUAUCAAAGGGCAUUUUCACAUAAUUUUGUAUUUUGUUAUUUAUGAAAUCUGCAGCAUUUUACAAUUGUAAUUUAAGACAGUUUUAAUAUAUGUGUUUGAAGACCCUUUGUUUAAAAUGCUGUCUCUAGCAAUAAAUAUUUGCAAUAGCUGUGUGAAUUCACACAGACUCCUCGGAAUUCUUCCUUCCCUUCUUGCCGGCUGGUUUUGGCCCUUGCCUUCCCAUGGCCUGAACACCAGCUUUUCUAAUAACUUGAUUAGGUAACCAGAAAUCUGCUUCUACUUGAUGAAAGCAUUGAAUUAUUUUCCAAACGAUCAAAUGAGACAGCAAUCCUGCUUCAUUGUAUUUCAUUUUUAAAAUCGCUCUAUCCCUGCAAUAAUAAUAAUAAUAAUAAUAAUAAUAAUAAUCAGAACAUGUCAACUUAUUAUGAAACACUGCAAAAAAUGAACAUUUGUUGCUAGAACUGAACUCAUUUUAAGCAAGGGGCUUUAGAUAAAACUGGAUAAACCAUCUUCCAGGAGAUGUGAGGAAAAUAUUUAACGGGGUAGAUUUAAUAAAUGAUUAGUAGAGAUACAAAAUGAAAUCAUAUGUGUUCAGGAAAAUCAGCAGAGUAGUUUUAGGCAGGUUUUUGUAGACAGAGAUGCACUCUGAGGGUGGCCCCAUCCUCCAGAUUCAAGACUGGAGAGUCUCUUGUGUGGAUUUUACUUUAGGGUUCCCUUUAAUGAUUAUCCUGGAUGUUUGCUCAUCCUCACUCCAGCCUUGUAGAACUUCCAAGGUGUGUGGACUUUGGCAGGACACGGAUGUAAAUUGCCCUGGCCCCAACCUCUCAGUGGGAUUUUUCUAUCUAUACUUUUAUCUCCAAAGCACUGAGAAAUCCUACUGGGUCUUAGAGAAUCUAUCACAUAUGCACUUUAUUUAAAUAUUUAAUGUAAAUACUUGGAAGCCAUAGAUUCUAGAUAUUACAGACUGAUUUGAAGUUCUUUGCUGUAGCCCUGGACACAUUGUGCAAUGCGCUGGUUGUCUCAUGCUGGAGGAGAGGGUCUUCCCCUUAUUCCUUCCUCUUUGACACCACUGGUCACUGAGUAAUCAGAGUUCUCAUAUCAGCUGUUCCAAAAAUGCUAUGAACUGGGACCUCAGGCUGCUCCGAGACAGAUGGGGACACUGGUGUGAUCACCAUAGAGUGUUUAAAAUCAUAUUUUAGUUAGUUUCUCUCUAACCCCCGAAGGGCAACAAAACAAAUGCUGAGAGUUUGGACCCACCCUGAGAACUACUGGUGUCAGUUAGCAAGGGUCACCCUUGUGACCUAGGACUUGGGAUUGGUUACAUCCCUUUGGAGGCUGUGAGGGCUGUGACCAACCUUGCUUACUUUGAGGGAUAGUCUUCCCUGUGUCCUCUAGUAUUGGAGAUCUUUCUGCCACCUGUACACAAAUCCUCAGCACCCACAAAUCCUACCCUUAUAUUUCAGCUGGUGACCCCACCAGGCAGUGCCACAUGGCUUAUAGUCCAUGUUCCUUGUGCUGGUUGCCCCCAGAUGGCAUAUAAAUUAUUUUGGCCUGUACCCUACUGCAGGGGGAGAACUGCACUCUAGUGUUUAUGCGAAGCUCCAAAGUGACCACCACAGUCAGUGCUGGGAACUGUAGCUUCUUGAUGGGGCUGUGUGAGGUCCUUGCUGCCCUUUAGGGGGCUCCUCCUGGAUGCCCCGUCUGAGCUCCCACAGAAGGCACCACCUCUGUAGAAUGUCUAAUUAUGACUGAGCAGCCGAUAUUAGGCAGCUUCUGGUAUCUGCCAUUAGUGUCUGCCAAAUCUCCUGCUACACUGUGUUAAGAUCACGUUGGGAAGGUAGGUAUGAGCCCUGCACCCCUGCCAAGCUUUGGGUCCCUGCUGCUGACCAAUUAGAGAUGUACAUUUUUGGUCCCUCCCAGCCAUCUACCUCACCAACAGUCCAUUUUCAAAGUUCCCAGUUAAACGUGGACUGUCCAUGGUGUUACAGCAAGAGGCUGGAGGUUUCAUUUGUUUCCACGAUGUUUUGAAUCAGCCAAAUGGAAACCUUUCCAUGUGAUUUCAGCCUUGUCCAGGUGUCAGGACAGUGGUACUCAUGCCAUAGCUCACAAGGUGCAUGCAUUAUUUUAGAAAGGCUGCCAAGUCAGCAAGCCCAGGCCAGUUGAAUGAUUUCUUUGGCAGACUUGGAUGUGAGCUAGUUUCUUGCCCUGUUCAGUAGAGCUGCUCUUACCUAGAUGGUCUUGUGCAAUGACAAAUGGCAGAUAUGUGGAAGAAUUCUGAUGAGCAGUCUGGGGAAGCUCCAUUCCCUGGUGGGCUUUAGUCUGUGCUGUUCAGAGAAAAAUUGAGCUAUGAAACCCAAAUUAAGUCAGUCCAGGUUGGGAUGCACAGUCUUCCAAGUCUCUCUCUAGAAGUGAGUCCUGUCCUACCCUGCAUGGGAAGACCUUCUAUUCAGGAGAGCAUAUUUUCUAUUAGGGAUUUUUUCCAAGUCUAGGAAAAUGUUGUCAAGUCUCUUUUCUCAUUGUGGGGUGGGGGGACUUUUGUUCUUGUGUUCCCUGUAUCUUUGGAGUGGGCUAGGAAGGCAAGCAGAUGCUCUGGCAACAUGCAGUAGGGAGGUCACAGAAUGAGCUGGUACUUCUAGAUGCUUCUUGACAGGGUAGCCGUCAGUAUUUCCUCUCUCAGACAGAAGGCUCUGGGGAAGUAUGAGGACAGACAGCUGUGAGUGGAGCCUUCCUACCCAUGUUGAUCUGGAUUUUUGGGGUCACUUGGGAGUUAAGGUGGGUGAAGGGAAGUAGAGGGACAGAUAGGCACGUGUGUCCACCCCUCACUGAGAGCAAAGGGGCAAGUUAUCUUGAGGCUCGUGGUACGCUUGUGGGGGUGACCCACAGAGCCUGUCCAUUCUCAAACCGUGUUGUUAGUUUUGUCUCCUUUUUAGGCGAGUGGUUCACUAGAGAAGUUUUCAGUUCCAGAGGUCAAGAGAAUCACUCCUUUUUAGUGUCCCCAACAAUGCAGUGGUGUUGCUUGAAUGGUUUACGUUUGUGCUUUGCUGUUUGAACAGCUGUGUCUACUCUCAGAGUGGUCAUCCUCCCUACACCCUCAUGUUAUUCAUGGAGGAGGGGGCUGCUGGGUGGCCCCUGUCUCUCGUGUGGUCAUAAGUAUCCCUAUGACUUUGUCAUCAGUGCUAUUCUCUGCCACCCUCUUCACCUCACCUCUUCUUCCUCUUACCUUUGCUCCUCCGCCUGCUUCCUGUCCCCAGUUUGAUUAAACCCCUUGCUCAUCCUAGCACCGGUGCCCUGAGGUCUAAAUGGGCAGAAACAUAAGGGCUCUUGAGCACCCCUUGGUGGCCCUGCUGCAUUACCAGCCUGGGACCUCCAAAUCCCCAGGAAUGGGAGGACAGGGCUGGAGGUUUCGGACAUCAGCACAGCCCCUACCUGUCCCUUGUUUUGGGGAGGAAGGCCUGGUCUUCUCUCCUGACUUGGGAUAGUAGAGGAGCAGGCUCAGAGCUCUGUAUGCCCCAGUGUUAUUAACUGUAAAUAAAUAGUGAAUUUCAUUGACAGGUACCUUCUCAGGGAUUUAUACAUAAAUAUAGUUAGGGGAUAAGCUAAAGUAUAUUUUAAAUCCUUUUGAUGUUUGAGUUCUUUGUGAUUAAACUAGACCAAAAAAAAAAAAAUAUUUCCAAGAUAGUGUUGAUGCUGCUGCUUGUACGGGAGAUGCCUGGGUCUCGUCCCUCAGUGGAGAUCUCCAGGGAUGUGGCAGUGUAAGGGCUGUGUGGAUGUGAUGUCACAGUCACACCUGUGUCUCUCGGUUGUCUCUUCUGGGUGUGACCAUUGUUUAACAGUUGCCUCUAGCUGAUUCCCAGAUGGGCCAUGUGUAAGUUUUCCCCAGAGCUGUCCACUCUAGGUCUGAUAUUGGCGAGUGAGACGGGCCUGGUCUUUUCUCCUAAUUUGUGUGAAUAUAGUGUCCACAGUCUGUCUGCAGGAGCCAACCAAGCCCGCUGGGAAGGAUCAGGGAAAGUUCAGCACACUUGGUCCACAGUGGCCUGGCUGUGCAGAAGCUGUGUGCUUGCUGCUCUAGAAGAAAGCACAUGGCUGGAUGGACUGUGUUCCUUCUUCAGCUCCCACAGGCUCCUGGCCACACUACAUACCUCAGAAUAAAGUCAGAACUGCAAGGACUUUGCCAUCUCAGCUUUGGAUCCCUCUGAUUCAGGAGGCUCAUUCUGCAUGUCAGAAAAAGAGGAGGUUCAUGAUGCUGGCUAGAAAAUGGGUUUAUGGACACAGAAGGGCUGUAUCAAGUGGCCUCUCCCCAUUCCUCCCCAGCUGGCCGCUGGGGCCAGGUCUCUGGAGUAGAGAGAAGGCUGUUGUGGGUGAGAUAGAGGCCUGUGGGGAGGGACAGAUCCCAGAUUCAAAAUGAUGCAAAGCCUGCUGCCCCCGGGAGUUGGGCUCCAUCAACAGUUGCCCACGGUGCUCAGAGUGAUGAUAUUUACUGUAAACUCCCUGCUCUUACAUCAUAAGAAGCUUUUUCUAUAGUGUUUGGGAAAGUUUAGCAAGUUCCUUAGGACCUUGUUCUCUAGUAUGGAUUCUGGUCUGUGCUGCCCAGCCCUCAGUUUCUUCCUCACAAGGCAUACAUUAGCCCCCUUUAAGCUGGGCAACUCCAUGGACAGCCACAGCUUCUAGGGAAGGAAGGAGGGAACACUGAUCAUGGUGAUCAUGGUAGAUUCUUAUACAACAACAAAGUCAUGGUUAUAAUGAAAGGACAGCUGGAGCCUUUGGAGAAAGGGUGGAGCUAACCACAAAGCUUUUCACAUUUGUGUACUGCAGUGCAUCAAGAACUUGGCUGGAGAGCUGACUCAGUGGUUAAGAACACUGACUGCUCUUGCAGAGGACCCAGGUUCAGUUUCC